AUGCUAGGAAACGCAAGGGUUUGGAUUUGGGGUUUAAGCUUUAACCCCUUCUUCAACAUUUCACACUCCUUGUUUCAGGUUUCUAGUUUCAAAAUGAUGCAUUCUGCAAUUAAGGGCGGCUGGAGCCCAACAUUUGCUCUUGCAAAGAAAAAUGAUUCUGAUGGGAGAAAGACUCGGAUUCGCCUCUCUAAGGAUAAACGAAAAGCAAUGAUUCAAACUUUCAUUAAUAAGUACCAAGAGUCAAACGGUGGAAACUUUCCACCCAUUACUGUUACGCAUAAAGAAGUUGGUGGAUCGUUUUACACUGUAAGAGAGAUUGUCCGGGAAAUAAUUCAAGAAAAUAGGGUCUUGGGUCCUGCUAAAUUCAACUUGGAGGAAUUCAGCACUGAUCAAUUUUUGGAACAAAAUCCGUUGGGUUCAAUUGCAAGUGGCCCUCAACCUUUUCUCCGUGCAACUUCAAAUGAAGAUCAUCCUGAACAUAACAAAGUUCCCGGCAAACUGUUUUCUCUUUCUGACAAUGGACAUGUCAUAAAUGUUGACCAUGUAGAUGUGAUUAACAAGGAAACCAUUGAAGCCACUGUUGUUUCUGAUGGGUAUUAUACUGUAGGUCAGAAUCCAGUGGUUGUCAAUGGCCAUGUCAUAAAUGGUAGCCAGGUAGAUGUGACAAGCAAUGAAUUUGUUGAAGCUGCUGUUGUUUCUGAUAGGUAUUUUACUGGACCUGAGCUCGAAAUUGCUGACAAAGAGCAUGACGAAGAUUCUAGCAAGGUAGAUGUGACAAACAAGGAAUCUGUUGAAGCUGUGGUUGUUUCUAAUGACCAUUCUACCGGAGGUGAGCUCAAGAUCGUCGACCACGGGCAUGACGUAGAUGGUAGCAAGGUAGAAGCUACUAUACCCGAGAAUAAGCCCACGGAACCCAAACUGAAUGUCGAACAAGAGUUGGCAGCUACUACAAUGCCAUCUGCCAAAGUAAAUGUUCUGACAAAAGACUUGAUAGUAGAGACAUUUCCAUUAAGAUCUGUUGCUAGGACUAGCAGUGGAACCGAAGGUUCUGCAGCGUUGAAGGACUCGGGUAAUUCCCUAGAAAGGGAUAUUAAGAAGUUGGAAUUGGAACAAGGUAAGAAUUCUGAAUCAAAUGGCAUAGAGCCUACAAAUAAUUCUACUAUAUUGGAUGAGAAAUUUGAGAAUGCCCUUGGAAACAAGGACUUGAAGGAAAUCUCAGACCCUAGGCAUGAUGUGGGAAGUGCGAAUCUUUCUACCCACAGUGAACAAAUAACUGUAUCUCAUCAGAAAGCUAUAACUUUUGAAACCAAUAACAAAAGUCAGAUUGAAGAUGAAGCUAAGACAAACAUUCAAGAUGAUUCAGAAUCUCCACCAGAAGGGCUGCAUAAAGCUGAUAAAUAUAGACUUGAUCAACUUGGUGGCAGUUCUCAAAGAAGAGUCAACACAACGGUAGAUAGGAUCAAUCUAGAAUCAUGGGAUGGCAGAUUGAAGAAUUCUGCAAAAAAGGAAGACAACCCUCUUUUAGCUCUAUUGAAAGCCAUUGUAAAUGCAUUUGGGAAACUAUUGUCGGAAUGA